AUCCGGGCAGGGCCGCUCGGUGCCCGGUGGCGGCGGGGCCGUUCGGAGCGGCGCGGCCAUGGCGGCCCUGCGGCAGGACCCCGAGCUGGCCCGGCAGCUCUUCUUCGAGGGCGCGGCCGUGGUGGUGCUGGACGUGCCCGAGGGCACCGAGUUCGGCAUCGACUACAGCGCGUGGGCCGUGGGGCCGCGGUUCCGCGGCGUGAAGAUGGUGCCGCCGGGGCUGCACUUCGUGCACUGCAGCGCGGCCGGCGCCGGCGGGCGGGACGCGGGGCCGCGCUCCGGCCGCUUCCUCAGCCUGCGGCGCCGCGAGGUGCGGGUGCUGCGCUGGGACCCCGCGGGCGAGGCCGUGCGGCCCGAGCCCCCCGAGCAGGGCGAGGCGCUGCGGGACAGCCUGCGGGAGCUGGACCCCUUCCUGGGGCCCUACCCCUACGAGACGCUGAAGAAGUGGGUGUCGCUGAGCAACUUCAUCAGCGAGGCGGCGGCCGAGGAGCUGCAGCCGGAGAGCGGCCAGAUCUGCGCCUUCGCCGAGGUGCUGCCCGAGGCGGCGGGGCGGCACACGCGGGACCGCGCCGGACAGCGCCGGCCGCCGCUGGGCGCCGAGUGCCGCAGCUACGCCGAGGGCCUGGCCCGGCUGCCCCGCAUGCGGCCGCGGGCCGGCACCCAGAUCCGCUUCUCCGAGCUGCCCCGGCAGGCCUUCCCCGACGGGGCCACCCCCGAGGAGAUCACCCGGCACAGCAUGGACCUGAGCUACGCCCUGCAGCGCGUGAUGGAGCAGCGCUACCCCGGCCGGCCGCUGGGCCUGCUCGCUGAGCUGCAGUUUGCCUUCAUCUGCUUCCUGAUUGGGAACGUGUAUGAUGCCUUUGAGCACUGGAAAAGACUCCUGAACAUCCUGUGCCGAUCAGAGGAGGCCAUAGGGAAGUACCAAGACCUUUACAUCAACCUCAUUUCCGUGCUGUAUCACCAGCUCAACGAAAUCCCAGCAGACUUUUUUGUGGACAUUGUCUCCCAGGACAACUUUUUAACCAGCACCUUACAGGUGCUGUUCUCCUGCACGUGCAGCUCUGCUGUGGAUGAGACUCUGAGGAAAAAGGCUGAAAAGUUCAAGGCUCACCUAACAAAGAAAUUCAAAUGGGACUUUGAGGCAGAGCCUGAUGACUGUGCCCCUGUGGUGGUGGAGCUGCCUGAGGGUGUGCAGGUGGACUGAGACAAAGGGUCCUUCAGGAGCAAACAGCUUUUAAAAUGACCCUUUCCUCCUCUUCUCCAACCUUGCCAGCUUCUUAAGAGAUGCUUCUGAAGCUGAUCCUCUUUCUGCUGGAGAAGCAGAUGUGGGAAACCCAGGAGGAUGCUGAGCUUUGUGAGGAGACCAGACAUGUUGGAGGACUUUGAGUGUUGCCACGUGGCUGCUUCGGACACCUUGGGGUUUUCCCAGCCCUUCUGCAGCAUCUCCUCACAGAACAUAACACCACAUUCAAAGUCACAGAAUCAUUAAAGCUUCAAAAGACCUUUCAAUAUCACAGAGUUCAGCCCUCAAUCUAACACUGCCAAGAUCCUCCUGCACUCAGCUGUCCUCUGCAUCCCUGCUCCCAUCUCCUGCUGGGCUGGGGCUGAUGCCCUGCCUGGAGAGCACCUGUGGUGUAGGGGUGUAAGCCCACUGAGUGGUUCUGGCAGCCCAAACCCAGGCUGUGAACUGAAGUUCAGCUCUUGUGGGCUCGUGUUGCACUGGUGUGACCACGACUGUUGCGCUGCUGUGUGGGGUGCUCACUCUGAUUUAUCUGUUGGGGAGGUGGCUCAAAGCCACGGCAAAAUUCCUUCAGUUUCGUACACCCAACACCUCAGUGUCUCAUUCCUGUUCCUCCCAUUCUGUUAAACCCUUUUGUAUUUGCUGCUGCCACUGUUUUACCUGGUGUAAAAGAACGUGGAUAGUUUGGUGACAGGAAAUAGUUACUGGACUGUACUCGCCCAGGUGUUAAAGAGCAGAGCCAGCAUGAGAUAAAGGAUCAGAUUUCCACAUGAACUGGAUCCCCUGUUUUGUUAUAACUGGAAAUCCUAUGGUUUUGCUCAAAAACAGUGACUGAAAAUUAACAGUUUGUGAUGGUCGGGUUCCCAUUAUGAACUGCACUUUUAGCAGCUGAGAAAAGAAUAUAUUUGUACUUCCA